AGCGCAGUCAGCUGACAUACACUUCCGGUGUAGUGACGUCCACUGCUGUGUUGUCAAAAUGGAGGGACACGGGCACCAUCAUCAUCAUCAUCAUCAUAAUCACAACUUCUCUCUGUGUUUCUGUGACCUCAUGAGGUUGUUGUGGUCUCUGGUGGUGCCUUGCGUCUACCUCAGCCUGGUCCUGACCCUGUUCCUGCUGCUGCUUCUGCUGGGGGUACGCGUGUGGCUGCAGGGCCGCAGGAAGGCCCGCCGGGAUCAGGACUCCGGCCCCGCGGUGGCCUUCUUCCAUCCGUACUGCAACGCUGGAGGAGGCGGGGAGAGGGUCCUGUGGUGCUCCCUGAGGGCCCUCAUGCACAGGUACCCCAGCUUCUCCUUCGUGGUGUACACGGGCGAUCAGGGAGUGACGGGUGAGCAGAUUCUGGAGGGAGCCCGACAGCGUUUCAACAUCACACUGUCUCGACCAAUCACCUUCAUCUUCCUGCGUCACCGCUCGCUGGUGGAGGCGGGGUCUUACCCUCACUUCACCCUGCUGGGUCAGAGCGCCGGGUCCAUGUUCCUCGGCUGGGAAGCCCUCACGUCCUUUGUCCCCGACCUGUACCUGGACUCGAUGGGUUACGCCUUCACUCUGCCGAUCUUCCGUUACCUGGGAGGAUGUAAGGUGUCGAGCUACGUCCACUAUCCCACCGUCAGCACCGACAUGCUGUCAGUGGUGAGAGAGAGGAACCCGAGGUUCAACAACGCAGACUUCAUCUCCAGGAACCCUGUGCUGAGUGCGGUGAAGGUGGUGUAUUACUGCUGCUUCGCCCUGCUGUAUGGGCUGGCUGGCUCCUGCAGUGAUGUCAUCAUGGUGAACUCCACCUGGACGCUGGGUCACAUCCUGGCUCUUUGGCGCUCCCCGAACCGCACCAGCAUCGUGUACCCCCCCUGCGAUGUCAGAGCCUUCCUAGAGGUACCGCUGGAGGAGGAGGACGAGGAGGAAGAGGAGGAGGAGGGCUGGGAGGAGCUGGGGCGGGAUAUUGGGAGUGGAGAGGAAGAGGAGGGAGGAGGAGGAAGAGGGGACAGGAAGUGCCAUACCAUUGUGUCUGUUGGGCAGUUCAGGCCAGAGAAAGAUCACCGCCUGCAGAUUCGGGCGUUUUGCAAACUGUUGGACAGGAUGGACAGGAAGGGGGCAGGGCCUGGGGGGCGGGAGUCUCUGCGUCUGGUGCUGAUUGGAGGAUGCAGGAACCAGGAGGAUGAGGAGCGGGUGCUGAUGCUGCGAGGACUCUGCGAGGAGCUUGGCGUGUCGGACCGCGUAGACUUCAAACUCAACGUCCCCUACGAGGAGCUGAAAAAGGAGCUGGUGGAGGCCACGAUCGGACUGCACACCAUGUGGAACGAACACUUCGGCAUCGGUGUGGUGGAGUGUAUGGCUGCAGGAACCAUCGUCCUCGCUCAUAAGUCCGGUGGUCCAAAGCUGGACAUCGUGGUCCCUUUCGAGGACGCACAGACCGGCUUCCUGGCCGACAGUGAGGAUAGCUACGCCUCCGCCAUGGAGACCAUCCUGGCUCUGUCUCCAUCAGACCGUCUGGAGAUGAGACGAAGCGCCCGACGCUCUGUGGAGAGAUUCUCAGACCAGGAGUUUGACGCAAGCUUCCUCUCCGCCACGGAGACUCUGAUGACGGGACUGGAGCGAUGAGGAUGACCAGAGAGAGUCCACCAGGGACUAGGACUUUGAUGAUCCAAUUUGUGUUAUUAUUAGAGCUGCACAGAGGUAGAGGUGAGGCAGAGAGGCUCAUAUUAAUGUCUCAGACGAGCUUCUGGAGUCUGACACUGCAAUGAUCUUAAUUUGAUUCAGAGAGCCGAGGCCGUCCUCCUCUCACUGCGAUGAAUAAUCAGAAACUAAAUAUAACUCUGCAUGUCACUCAUGAGUUUGGUUUUCACAUUAAAGACAAAAGAGGGGACAGAAACAGACACACAGAGCUCUCAGCCGGUCUGUGGCUGACACACAGGAGGACACGUAGCACAGUUCUUAAGUUCUCCUGUAAAGAUGUUAAACUAACUGAAUCCAUUCCAAACAGAGACGCUGAUCCGUCUCCUGAAGUGAGGUUUAUCAAGUCAAUAGUUAAGCUGUGUGAUUAUUCGUAGUUGUGUUGUUAUAAUGAUGUCAGACUGAUUCCUGAAUCCAUGUUUGAAGUUAAAUGAAGACUUUUAGAAGCUUUGGGGAAAGAAAAAGACCAAAUGUUUAUUUUAUGUUCUUGUUGUGUCACUUCCUAUUUGUGAUGAGGUCCAGGCAUGGAACUAAGUUGGUGUGUAACAUAUGAAAAAAACCUUUAUUUUGAAAGAGUAUUUAAAUCUGUCGAGUGGAGAGGCCGGCUGUGUGUGUUUCACUGAGCAAAUUAAAUGACACUUUAACAAGUCUGCAAUAAAAACAAUCAUAAAUCA